AUGCUCGAACGAGUUCAACCAAGAGCCUGUCGGGCUCUGCUGACAGCUGCUCAGACGAGCACCGCAGUGCGGACCGCUCGUCAAGCAAGGAUCACCUCGAGCAGCGCCCCGACAUCACGAGACUGCCAUUUCGCCACAUGUCGGGCUCAUCGAGUCUUGGUACGAUCGACACCGUCUCCAGUCCAUCUCCAGCGACGACAUUUCCGCUUCGGUGCAGAAGACGCCGACCAACCAGGUCCGAGCCGCAGCCAGUCUCGCAAAGCAACACCAUUAGACGAGAUCACAAGACUCCGCGAGCUCAUCAACCGCGCCAACGCUACCAACUCGAAGCUCUCCAAGGAACGCACCCUCGCCGAAUACGAUGACCUCACACCCCUCCUUGCCUUCCUCUACGACCCAUACACCCGCUUCCAUGUCACCUCGACAAGCUUGCAUACGUACCUAAGGCAAAGGCGGCAGGACGAUCACUGGCAGAACAAACAGGCUCCUCUCGUGAGCGUUCCUUCAAAUCAAUCCAAGAACAAAACUCGGGCCGCGGCUCUGCGUGCUAAGCAGGAGGAGGAUGUACGAGAGCAAACGCCAGCUUCCCUGCUCGAGCUCUUCCAGCUAUUAGCCUCUCGGCAGAUCACCGGUCAUGAAGCCAUGGCUGUCGUACGCAACUUUCUUGACCAACACGGCAUCAUCGAGCAGCACGAUUACGCCCUGAAGCCGGCCGAUGAUGCAGAUGCAAAAUCGUCCGAUCUCUUCCGUCGGGGUCUGCUGCGCCCCACCUCACUCGAGAUCUUCUACAGAUGCCUGGAUCGCAAUCUCAAGGCUGGCUUUGGGGAGCGGAUAUUGCGUCAAGCAUUCGCUGGUAUCCCGUUGCCGCAACGGCAGUCGUGGCGCAAGGAAGAUCCUCGACAGAAGAACCGUACCGUCGAUCCCCUCACGUUGAUUCGACAGACUUUUGAUGUGGCGCUCGGCAAGCCAGUCACGAGGGACGAGCUACCUUCUUUGUUUGAGGACAAGGAAGCACCGGCAUGGUACGCGAGCAGGAAGCUGGACGGCGUUCGGUGUCUCUUUGUGGUCCGUCUCCAGCGAGAGGACGCUGCGUCAGCAGGCUGGAAGGUCAGCUCGAUCUUGGCCCUCUCGCGGAACGCUCGGCCCUUUACCGCGUUGUCUGUCUUGGAGAAGGAGCUCGCUCAGAAGCUGCCUGCGUUCCCAGGUCUGACAGACUUGCUCGCCUCCGCACACGAGAAUAGCGAUGAUAACUCCUCGACAGCAACGCUCAUCCUCGAUGGUGAAGUGUGCAUUCUCCGACCGGCAGAGCAGGCCUCCGAGUCGGCGGUCAAGCAGCUCGACGCAGCCUUAUCGGCUACCAGUCAGGACGCAACGGAGCACACCAUGGUGGAAGACUUUGCCGCCGUCGUAGGCCUCAUCAAGCGCCACAACUACACAAUCCGCGAGCCAGCCUUCUUUCCGUUCGACCUGCUUACCAUGGAAGAGUUCAGCCAGUGGCGGGAGAACACCACUGAAAGCAGCAAAGCACGAACAUUCGCACAGCGUCUGCAGCCUCUCGAAGCGCUCGUGUCGCACUUCGAAGCGGACGCGCGCGAGCAAGGCAAGCCGAGCAUCGUCCGUCGACUCUCGCAGAACCGCGUCACGUCGACGGACCAAGUGGAGCAGAUGCUGGCCACAGCCAGUCAGCGCGGGUGGGAAGGCAUCGUCCUCCGGCAAGACACGCCGUACGAGGGUAAGCGCAGCAAGGCGAUUCGCAAGUUCAAGGAGUGGAAGGACGCCGAGUACACAGUCCUAGCUAUCACCGUAGCGACCAUGCGUCUGCCCAUCGAUGGACGCUUCGAGGAGCGAGAGGCGAUGGCGAGCAUUCAGAUCGAGCACAGGGGGACGAAGGUGUCGGUCGGAUCAGGGUUCACGCCCGAGCAGAGGGUGCAGUUUGCCAAGGAACCGGAUGGGAUCGUGGGCAAGGUGGUGACGGUCGAGUACUUUGAUGAGUCAAAGACGAUGGGUUCGGCGAGCAACGGUGGGGUGAGACAGGAAGUGUACAGCCUGCGCUUCCCGCGUAUCAAACACAUCUGGGGCAAGGAGCGCGACGUCUGA